CUAUACUACAUUUCACACUCAACAACGACCCUCAAAAAUCUCUUACAAAAACACUUACGAACAACACUUGCGAAUCUUAAACUUCUUUUUCUCCUUGUUUUUCCAAUUCCAAAGAUUCAUAACAAAGAAACAAGAAUGGUGUAUUCUUACACACCCACUUAUUAUUCUACUCUCCAUGAUUCAAUCACUUCUCUCUGCAAGUCUAUUCUUCCUUUCAGCUUCAAGAAACGUUGCUUACCGGCCGCCGAUCAGAAGUUAGCGAAGCUUCAGUCUGAUAACCUCAAAUGCCAGCAAGAUUCCUUCCACCAAAUGCUCAAAUUGAUGGGUCUUCACAAUGAAGGUAUUUUAGCUGAAAAUGAAGUUUCGGAUUUCAAAACCCAUUUGCUUGAUACUAUGAUCGCUUCGCCGGUGGAACAUGAACACCCAGUUAUAUUGAGAGAUAAGCUGUUGUUCUUGCAGGAGCUUCUAUAUGCGAAAUGCAUAACGGCAGAUGAGUAUCAUUCUUCGAAGAGGCCUCUGCUUCAGAGAUUAGCGGUUCAAGGAGCUGAAAUUGAAGCCAGAGAUGUGAUUUUAGCUGACUCAAAAGAGAAUAUGAAAGAGAAUUCUGAAGAAGAAUGGUCAAUUAUUGACUUGAGAGAUGAAAAGACUUCACAAAAAUCGAACUCGAAUUCGAAGAAUAAAUCAAAGCAUAUGCUGGGUAUGAAGCACAUAAGAGGAGCCGCGUCGGUUUUUAGUUUUGGGUUAUCAGAAAAAUCAGAGAGGAACAGAAAAGAGAAAAGUAUCUUCGAUUUUGAAAACCAAUUGUGCAAUAACAGUGAAAGUCAUUCGAUUCUGAUGCCGGAAAGUUCGUCGAACAAGGAAAUGAGAGAGGAAAAGGCAAAACGACGACCCUUUAGGACUCUGUUUCAGGGACACGGCAGCGGUGGCGACGGUGCCAAUUAUGGUCCAGAUUAUGAAGAAAGGAUGAACAAAAGUGGAAAGAAACAAUGGGGUCUCAAUGGGUUGAAGAAAUGGAAGAGAGACGAAACAGAGGAUGAGACAGCUCCAUUGCCACUCCAUGAAAGAUCCGACAGUGAAGCUUUUUGGGGUUCUUCAAAUUCAACUCAGCUCGCAACGAGUCCAUUAGGGGAAGGGCCCAACACUAAAAUGAUGAAAAGGAAGUUGCAUUCAAACGGGUCUCCAUCGGAUUUCUUCAUUGACAAGGUUUUAGGCGAGAAGAUAAAGAAAGAGCUUUCACGGAUCCAAUCAGAGCUCAACACUUCAAAUCCCAACCUUAAAUUCUCGGAUGAUCAAAUCGAGGCUAUUUCCACCAGGCUUCCUGUUGAUAAAGCUGACCUCAAGAAUUUCUUCCCAAAGUCAUGGUGCGAUCGUUAUGGAGAUGUAGUAAUUGAUGUGGUGAAGAAAGAGUUCAAGGACCAUGUGGGAGAGAUGGAGAAUAAGCGAAAUGCAGCAUAUGAGAAACGGUGCAAUAGCAGCAAUUCGAUGCGAUGGACGACUUUUGAGGACGAAGAGAACUGCCAACCAAAUCUCUUCAACAACAUUAAUGACCCGAAGAGCUUUGAACAAAACAAUCCUUUCUUCGACGAUACAUCAAAGAACACUACCAUUCAUCAAAUGAGAUCUGAUCCUGCCUAUGAGAACCCAUUUUGGAGGCCAAGCACGGGUCUUUCCACGCUCAACAAGUAGUUGUAAGCCAAGACAGCUGAAAUUACUCCCCGUGUCGUUUAUCUGUUGACGCUCAAGUAGAGCUAAGCCGAGACAGCUGAAAUUACUCUCUCUGUCUCAUUUAUCUGUUGUCAUUCACCGUUGUCAUUCACCGUUGUCACUGCCAUAUUGUACAAGUGUUUGAACCAUUCAAACCAAAUUGGCUUCUAUUCAUUAAACUUUUUUGGCUCAGGGAAAAGAACUUGUGCCAAUAUUUCAUCUGAAA